ACUGAAAGUCCUUCGGCAAAACUCAAAAGUGAUGGCCAUCUCCAUUGCAUCUCGUUGGAGGGAACUGAGUGGUGAGAAGAACUGGGAGGGUCUACUUGACCCUAUCGAUUCCGAUCUCCGUCGCUAUGCCAUUCAUUACGGUCAAAGAACCAUGGCCGUCGGAGACCUCCUAAACAAAGACAACCAAUCUAAUGGCUACCUCCAUAGUCUAUACCCAGAAGACGUGUUUUUCACCGGUGCCACUCUCCAAAACAAUAAUAUAUUCAAGUACGUCGUCACUCACUUCUUCGACAUCGCCUCCAAUGCUAAUGAAUCGGCAUGGUUCGGCUAUGUGGCGGUGAGUACGGAUGAGGGAAAAGUUGGUCUUGGAAGGAGAGAUAUUUUGGUUGCUUGGAGAGGGACGGAAACAGAUGCCGAGUGGAUAAAAAAUAUCAACUUCCUUCAAGCAUCGCCGUCGGAACUAUUUGGUGAUGAUAACAACGCUAAAGUUCACUCCGGCUUCCUUUCUCUUUACACCGGAACCAACUCCAAAACCCCUAUCAGUGCUCGACAACAGGUUUUGAAAGCAGUGCGGGAGCUGGUCGACAAGUACAAGGGCGAGGAGAUAAGCAUCACCAUUGUGGGGUACAGUUUAGGGGCAGCCUUGGCGACGUUGAACGCAAUGGACAUCGUGGCCAAUUGUUAUAACAAGCCGACUGGCAGUUCAAAACUCCCCACCGGUUGCAUGGUCACGGCGUUUGUGUACGCCAGCCCACGUGUCGGGAACGAUGGUUUAAAGCAAAUAUACGAUUCGUUCCAAGAUCAGCUUCAUAUCCUACGGAUCGUAAACAAUAAGGAUGUUGUUCCUUCGCUUCCAUUUGGAAUAUUCUUUUGGCCUUACACCCACUUGGGACAAGAGCUGAAAAUCGAUAGCAGUAAGUCUGGUUUCCUAAAGUCUCAGGUGAAACAACCACCGCCGGAGGAUGUUUCCGAGACCAUACGGGGUAAUACCAUAGACUUGGCUGCUCAUAAUUUGGAUCUUCACCUGCAUGCAAUUGCUUUGGACCAAACUGGAUUUGGUUUUGAAGUGGACCAUGAUUUUGCACUUGUAAACAAAUAUUUGGAUGCCCUCAAAGACUUCUAUAACAUACCUCCAAGAUGGUGGGACGGUGCCAAACACAGCAAUAUGGUUCAAAUGGACAACAGCCACUGGAAGUUUGUUCCAACUCCUUAAUUAU